UAUCGAAGAGAAAAAAGUCUGGACCCUUCUGCCAUUAAUAUUCCCUCUCCAUUUAGGCAGACAUGUUUGGGGGUACCUGUCUAAUUUAAGCCCCUAACCAGGCCCAUGUUUGGGCUGAUUGACCCUGCCCAUGAUAUCUAUCACUAAAAGGGGUUAGGUAAAAGUUGAACUAGGGGUAAUCAAUCACUUUUUAUGACUUAAGAAUCUGCCCCAGGACAUAGAUGCUGUAAGUGGAGGUGCUGGGCUCUGGGGGAGAAUGAUGAGAAUGUGAUGUUCACAACAAAGCCUGCCCCCACUGCAAGCAAGACCCAGGAGCAAGUUCAGCUUCUGGCGGAGAAACCAGGAAAAAUGGAGAGAAUGGUGUAUUGAGCCAUCUCCCAGAUGGUUUUCAGGAGACCUGGUUGGACUUGGAUUCCUGGAUCAGUGAGAUUGUCCCAGUGAGACAGUUAUCUCAGUGAGAUAGCCUCAUGGUAGACCCUGUGAUCAAGUUUGUUUGAGUGGGUUUUUGACUGUUAACAAUCUCUGACUAAGACACCAGCUGAGGUGGAAACUUCAUUUUCGCUCAUGAGCCCAGGGAAGAGAAACAGUUUCUUAUCAGUAGCAGAGGCCAUGUAUUGCCCCAUACAUUUUUCUUGGUUUUACGGGGGUAGAAAGCUGAGAAACACCCAACACACAGGGCCUUUCUUUAAGGAGUUCUGAUCACUCUGGGGACUGCCAUGGCGUCCCCUGUGCCACAGGUGUUGUGUGAACACAGAACUGUUGCUGGCUGUCUUGAGUAGUGCCUCCCGAAGACCCUGGGGGGGCCAUCUCUUUCCCUUUGGGUCUGUCCAUCCACUGAGAGCUGUCCUUCCGUACCCUCCUUAUAAUGGAAAAAAAAUGAUCUUAAGUCUUGUCACUGUCUGUUUGCCACCUUCCUCCUCAUCUUCCUGUUUACCUGUACCCCCAUCACAAACACAUACGUACCUUUUAACUGAAUUGUAGCUCAUUCAAGGAGUUGACCAUAUUCGUUAUACUCGGGUUUGAGUAUGGUUUUUCUGUCUUUCUCCUUCCUUUCUCCUUCACCUUGACCCCUCCCACCCCUCCCUGUCCCUUCCCACACUUCCCUGUUCACCUGGAGGAGCUAUGUUCAAAGUGCUGGAUGGUGUUGAAGAAAGUGAGGACAGAGUAUAGUCCUUGUGCUAAUCGUUACGUAUACUGUUGAUGUGGAAAACAAGUGGGGUAACACCUGACAACAUUUGGGAACCUUUUCUUCAACAAUCUUCAAAAUUUUCACCGGAACUUAAAAGAAGUUUUUGUAUAAAAGCAUAAGUAAAGCAAAAAGUGAAGUAAAAAUAGAAGAAUCCACCCAGAAUGCUUAACGAGAUCUUAAUCUAUAAAGCAGGAAAUAGGAAAGGCAAUGUGAAUAUGCUGUGUCUUCAUUAGAAUCGUUCCUUUUAGUUUUAAUUCUUGGUUAUAUUUUCCAAGAGGAUGAAGUAUAAUUCCUAAGUGCAUUUCUUAUUGACAUCAUUUUUAUAUUUCUCAGCCAUGGCUCGGUCACCUUUUAGGUACCUUAUUGAAUUGGCUUUCCAUCCCCACAAAAAAAUGAAGUUUUGUAAUAUGGUCCUUGAGGUGUCAGUACUGAGUGGGAGGACAGAACAUUCUAGACUUUAUACUUCGAUACCUAGAAUCUAAUUCUCUUUCUACCACUGUGUCCCUUGUGCUAUCUGUGCAUCCAUCUCCUUCUGUGUCCAGAGAAGGCAGCUUGAUUUGAUGCUUUUUAAGGUCUCUUUUACAAAAACGUUGUUGACUUCUUGAAAAUGUUGUUUUCUGGAAUCGCCCACACAGUUGGGAAUGAGGUACCCAUUGCAGCUACCCUCAGAGAUCUGGAUGUAGAUUAUUGAACUUUCGUAUAUAGGCCAUUUGGUUGUCAUUCACACACUUUUCUCUGAGGUUUUUAGAACAGGAAAAUAGGUGGGGUUAACUUUGCUCGUGAGAAACAUCUUGGGUGAGCUAUGAUUUCAGUUAAAAGAUGUGUUUUUGUGACCGAACCACCGCUGAAGAACUGAAUGCUGCUUUGUAUACUCCCUGCAGAAGUACAACCAUGAUUCUUUCCACCUAUAAUACCAUCCAGUCGAUUUUCUGUUGCUGUUGCUGCUGUUCCGUGCAGAAGCGACAAGUAAGAACACAAAUAAGCCUAAGCAAAGAUGAAGAGUUUUCAGAAAGAUACACUCCGCGUCGCAGGCUGUGGUUCAGCGAAUUGCCAAGUAAGAAACGAGCCAACAGAGGCCACAUGCAACCAUCAAAACGCAAGCCACUGCCUCCCCUCCCACCCUCUGAGGUUACUGAAGAGAAGAUCCAAGUAAAAGCCCUGUAUGAUUUUGUGCCCAGAGAGCCGUGUGAUUUAGCCUUAAAGCGAGCAGAGGAGUACGUGAUAUUGGAGAAGUAUAAUCCUCACUGGUGGAAGGCAAGAGACCGUUUGGGGAAUGAAGGCUUAAUCCCAAGCAACUAUGUGACUGAAAACAAACCAACCAAUUUAGAAAUAUAUGAGUGGUACCAUAGAAACAUCACCAGAAAUCAGGCAGAACGUAUUUUGAGACAAGAGUCUAAAGAAGGUGCAUUUAUUGUCAGAGAUUCGAGACAUUUGGGAUCCUACACGAUUUCUGUGUUUAUAAGAGACAGAAGAAAUAUGGAAGCUACCAUCAAACAUUAUCAGAUUAAAAAGAACGACUCAGGACAGUGGUACGUGGCUGAAAGACACCUCUUUCAGUCAAUCCCCGAAUUGAUCUGGUAUCACCAACACAAUGCAGCAGGUCUCAUGACCCGUCUCCGCUACCCGGUUGGACUGAUGGGCAGCUGUUUGCCAGCCACAGCGGGUUUCAGCUAUGAAAAGUGGGAGAUAGAUCCCGCUGAGUUGGCGUUUGUGAAGGAGAUUGGAAGCGGUCAGUUUGGGGUAGUCCAUCUAGGGCAAUGGCGAGCACACAUCCAGGUAGCUAUCAAGGCCAUCAGCGAAGGCUCCAUGUCUGAAGAAGACUUCAUUGAAGAGGCUAAAGUGAUGACGAAAUUAUCGCACUCAAGGCUGGUCCAGCUGUACGGAGUGUGCGUUCAGCAGAAGCCCCUCUACAUCGUGACGGAGUUCAUGGAGAACGGCUGCCUGCUGAGCUAUCUCCGAGAGAGGAGGGGAGCGCUGCGGAAGGAAAUGCUGCUGAGCAUGUGCCAGGAUGUCUGUGAGGGAAUGGAGUAUCUGGAGAGGAGCCGCUUUAUUCAUCGGGAUUUAGCAGCAAGGAAUUGUUUGGUCAGUGCUGCAAGUAUAGUAAAAAUAUCAGACUUUGGAAUGACGAGGUACGUUUUGGAUGAUGAGUAUAUCAGUUCUUCUGGGGCCAAGUUCCCCGUCAAGUGGUCCCCUCCUGAAGUUUUCCACUUCAACAAGUACAGCAGCAAAUCUGACGUCUGGUCGUUUGGAGUUUUGAUGUGGGAAGUUUUUACAGAAGGAAAAAUGCCUUUUGAAAAUAAGUCAAAUUUGCAAGUUGUGGAAGCCAUUUCUAAAGGCUUCAGGCUGUACCGUCCUCAACUGGCGCCAAUGUCCAUAUAUGAAGUCAUGUACGGCUGCUGGCAUGAGAAACCCAAAGGCCGCCCGACGUUCACUGAGUUGCUGCAGGUUCUCACAGAGAUUGCGGAGACCUGGUGACACGAAUGGGAGGCCAACCCAGAGGAUCAUCUUGCAAAAUUAUCACAAAAGGAAAUCCUGUUCGGGGUCACUGAUGAUGAACACCUUCCUUUAGAGUUGCUGACUCUUGGAAACAGUGCAAAGAUCACAGGCUUUUCAAACUUUAAAAUUUAAAAAUACUCUGACAGUCAUAUUUUCUACAGGGAUGUCUUUGAAAGGGACUUUCCGACUCUCAUUUUUCUGUGUUGUUCUCCGUGUCCCAUGUGAAGAGGGGGAAAAUGCUCCAUAGCGGUCUUCAUAGUGGCUGCUCUUCCUGAGAAGAGCCCUGGGAGCCCCUGAGAGUGAAAAACUCUGCCAACUCAUGGAAUAAAGGAGCCUCCCCUGCAGAAUUCAACCCUUUUGAGCUGGACGGAACUUUGUGGAAGAUGCACCUUUACAAGACACAUGAAUGUGAACAUUCUUAAACUGUCUUUUAUAAUCUCCCCUAUGUUAUUUAAGGACUUGGUUUUGCACAUACCUGAUUAUUUUGGAGACAGUUUCUUGUAUUCCAGUUUUAAACACUGUGAAGGCAAAGUUCUUUGAACAGGUCCCAGUGGCAUUUCUGUUUCCAGUAAUAUCCAUUGUCAGGGUCAGUUGAGAACUUGAAUUUGAAUUCUGCAGUUUCACGCUUUGUCCAUGUGAAAUUGGAUGACUUAAGAAGCCUCUUUUUAAAACGGGUAAUGGAUCUAUUUUCUUUUCUUUUCCCUACAGUGUCAAAGAAUGCUUAUUGCACAGUUGGGUAAAGAAAAGUGACACAUUUUGAAGAUUUCAUAUCUUUUCUGAGUUAAAUUCUCAAUUUCUUUUGUGUAUAGUUGACAUUAUAUUCGUUUCAGGUAGACAGCAUAGUGAUUCAAUGUCUCUGUAUGUUAUGCUGUGCUCACCACAAGUGCGGCUGCCAUCUGUCACCAUACAUUGUUAUUACUAUAUCACUGACAAUAUUUCAUAUGCUCCGCCUUUUA